AUGGGGAAUGUGCGCUCUCUGGCGAACAAGAUGGACGAGCUGGCGGCGCUGAUUAAAACACAGAGGGAGUACCGUGGGUGCAGUUUACUGAGUUUUACGGAGUCGUGGCUGCACUCACAUAUUCCGGACCACAGCGUUGCUAUACCCGGCUUUGUGACCGUGCGGGCGGACAGAGACGUGACAGACAGCGGUAAGAAGAAGGGAGGAGGGAUUGUGCUUUAUGUGAAUGAACGUUGGUGCAAUCCCGGACACGUCCGUGUCAAGGAGCGUCUCUGCAACCCAAACGUGGAACUGCUGGCUGUUGGGCUACGGCCGUAUUACUUGCCCAGAGAGUUUACAUCAGCCAUUGUGGUAACUGUUUACAUUCCCCCAUCAGCUGAUGCGGAGGCCGCCGCUGACGUCAUCAGCUCCGUCGUCUCCCGGUUGCAGACGCAGCAACCAAAUGCCUUCAUGGUAAUCACAGGGGACUUUAAUCAUGCUAGCAUGGACAGAACACUGACUGACUUCACUCAGUAUGUGGACUGCUCCACUCGGGACAAUAAAACUCUGGACCUACUGUAUGCAAACGCCCAGGGAGCAUACAGUGCAACCGCCCUUCCCCCACUCGGCAGGUCAGAUCACAACCUGGUUCUGCUUUCACCAAAGUAUGUGCCUAUUGUCCGGCGGCAGCCUGUGCCCACAAGGAGACUCUCAGACUCCCCCUGUCUCCUCUGCCCCUACCCCAGCCACCCCACACCUCCCCCCUCCUCUUCCAACUGCUCCACUGCUCUCCCCUCCCCCCCCUACAGGGAGCCCACUGGAUCAGACUGGACUUCAACCGAUAACACCUCCCCCCGCCCCAACCCCUUCCCCUGGCUUGACUGUAACAGCCUGGCAGCCUGCCAAAGUUACCAACUGUUCGGAUUAGUAGGAGCUAACCGCUGCUACACCAACGUCUUUUGGAGGCAACCUACAGCUGACAUGCGGUUCAUUCUCGCUUCUGGUGGGAUUUACCUCUGGUCUGUCCUCGCCUGGGUUCUCCAUUCAUCCAUCGUUCUACCAGUGACCGGGAUCCUCCAGUACUCAGAGGCAGAGCUCUUCCGACUCCGUUUUCAGCAGGCUGGACCGUCGCCAUCUGUGCUUCACCUCCACUCGGACCGCGCUGUUUUUCCCCGGCGGAGAUGCAUCCACCGAGGUUCUCGCCGGAAUUACCACUCGGACAACUCCAACCAGAUAAAGUCCAUUUGGUCCACAUCCAGACGCCAUCAUCGGAAUACCGGCCGGACCGCUGAUCACAGUGUGUUAGCCAGCCUAGCUAGGUCGGCUGACCGUACUGCCAUCUCCAGCACCGCCGUCAGUUUCGGCCUGCUGAAUAUCCGCUCACUUCCUGACAAGGGCCAUCUCGUCCAGGAUCUCCUCAUUGACCGUGAGUUGGAUUUUUUAUGUUUGACUGGAACUUGGCAACAGCCAAAUGACUUCGUCUCCCUGAAUGAAGCUAACCCACCUGGGUUUGUUUACAACUGCAAACCACGUGACUCUGGCCGGGGAGGAGGUCUUGCACUGUUCUCCCGCGAGAAGUGGAGAAUCUCGCCGGUCUCUGUCCCGGCCUCCCCGUCGUUUGAGUCUAUGGUCUCAGUGCUGCCUGGCCCUGUUCCCACAAUUGUGGCAACAGUUUACCGUCCACCUAAGCCCAAUAAGGAUCUCUUCAGCCCUGACGAACUGGUUUCAUAUUAUAACAAUAACCUCCAGAAUCUCCUCAACAACCUAGCCCCCCUGAAAACCAGAUCUGUUACCUUCACUCGCUCUUCACCCUGGUUUACCCCCGCCCUCAGACAACUCAAAGCCAAAGGAAGCCAGCUGGAACACCUCUUCAGGAAAUCUGGUUUAACUGUUCAUCAACAAAUGUAUCAGAACCAUAUGACCCACUACAAGGACUGCUGCAAACACACCAAAUCCACCUACUAUGCAAAUUUAAUCAGUUCCAAUGAAGGCAACACCAAGGCCCUAUUCUCUGUUCUGAAAACUAUCACCCAACCACCCGACUCCCUUCCUCCACACAUAGCCUGCUCUGCAUUCUGUAACAGCUUGAUUUCAUUCUUCACCUCCAAAAUUCAGAAUAUUCAUCAACAGCUCGUUCCAAAGAUCUCCUACAAUCCAUCACCAAUAUUUCCCUUUCUGCCUCCUUCCCUCUCCCUUUCUGCUUUUACUCUUCCCCCCGUCUCUGCCAUUUCCGAACUAAUAAGAAAAUCCAAAUCAUCCACAUGUCGAUUAGACCUCCCAACCGUCCUUGUCAAAGCAUCUGCGUCCUCACUGGCACCUCUAAUUACCCACAUCAUUCACUCCUCCCUCACCACUGGACUGGUUCCCUCACUGUUAAAAACAACUGCCAUCACCCCUACACUUAAGAAGCCUGGUUUGGAUCCCAACAAUCUCAAUAACCUCCAUCCCAUUUCCAAUCUCCCAUUUAUUUCAAAAAUCCUGGAAAAAGUAGUUGCCUCUCAGCUCCAAGCCCAUUUAUCCCACAACAAUCUGUAUGAGCAUUUUCAAUCUGGUUUCCGUCCACUCCAUAGCACCGAAUCCGCAUUACUUAAAAUCACUAAUGACCUCCUCCUGGCAGCUGAUUCUGGUCUCUUAUCUAUUCUCAUCCUCCUUGAUCUGAGUGCGGCCUUUGACACCAUUUCCCACUCCAUCCUUCUGGAUAGACUCUCCUCCAUCGGCAUCACUCACACCCCCCUGAGCUGGUUCAAAUCAUACCUCUCCGGCCGCACUCAGUUCAUCCAGUUGAAAACAUUUACCUCCCAGUCAUUUCCAGUCACCACUGGUGUGCCUCAGGGCUCUGUCCUUGGGCCCCUGCUGUUCCUCAUCUACCUCCUCCCCCUCGGUUAUAUUUUUAGAAAACACCGCAUACAUUUUCAUUGCUAUGCGGAUGACACCCAGCUCUACCUCUCCACCAAGCCGAACUCUGCCCUCCCACCAUCUUCCCUCACAGAUUGUCUUCAAGAGAUUAAAUCCUGGUUCACCUCAAAUUUUCUUAAACUAAACAGCAGCAAAACAGAAAUUUUACUAGUAGGCACCAAAUCCACUCUCUCCAGAUCUGACAGUUUCUCCAUUCCCAUUGAUGAUUCUUCUAUUUCCCCCUCCCCUCAGGUAAAGAGUCUGGGUGUCAUCCUUGACAGCACUCUGUCUUUCACAUCACAUAUCAAUAACAUAACCCGGUCAGCAUAUUUUCACCUUCGCAAUAUCAACCGCCUCCGCCCCUCCCUCACCCCUCACACCGCCGCCAUACUCGUUCACAGUCUUGUCACCUCCCGUCUCGACUACUGUAACUCCCUUCUGUUCGGUCUUCCCCAAAAAACUCUUCAUAGACUUCAACUGGUUCAGAAUGCAGCAGCCCGGGUCAUCACAAGAACCGCCUCCACCCAUCACAUCAGCCCUGUUCUGCAGCAGCUCCACCGGCUCCCCGUCACCUACUGCAUCCACUACAAAAUCCUGCUGUUCACUUACAAGGCCAUCCAUCACCUCGCUCCCCCCUACCUUUCUGAUCUCCUCCAUGUCUCCAUACCAGUCCGUUCCCUCAGAUCCUCCUCCUCCAUCCACCUCAUCGUCCCCCCAGCCCGCCUUGUUACCAUGUGGAGCAGAGCUUUCAGCUGCUCUGCUCCUCAUCUUUGGAACUCCCUCCCCCCAGACCUCCGUAACUCUGAUUCUAUACAACUGUUCAAAUCCAAACUCAAAACACAUCUG